GCUUUGAGUACCAAACGGUACUAACCGGAGCAGCAAGCUGUGACGUUUACUAGGGUAGGCCCCGCACGCCAGCCUUUCAAUACAGUGCAAGGUCAUUCAUACAUUCACACAUCUUUGUACGAACUUAUAGCAGUAUUGCAAGGGGCCCUCAGACAAAGAGGGUUCCGGAGAGGGCUAACUCGGCUAACCCGCAACAUAAGCCAUCAGGCUAUCAAGACCGUAGCAAAAGCAUUGUGUUGGCCGUCCUGGCGCAAUGGGGCGCUGCAGGACGGCCUUCAACGCGUACAGCGUCAAGUUCAGCCCAUUCUUUGAGGGGCGCAUCGCCGUGGCCACAGCCCAGAACUUUGGCAUCAUCGGCAAUGGCAAACAGCACGUGUUUGAGGUGACGCCCGCGGGCGGCAUGCACGAGGUGGCGCAGUACGACACGGCUGACGGGCUGUACGACUGCGCCUGGAGCGAGGCCAAUGAGAACGUGCUUGUGGCGGCCAGCGGGGACGGGUCCAUCAAGGUGUACGACACGGCGCUGCCGCCGCACGCCAAUCCCGUGCGCGGGUUCAAGGAGCACCGGCACGAGUGCUGCUCGCUGGCCUGGAACACCAGCAAGCGGGACGUGUUCCUGUCCUCCUCCUGGGACGACACCAUCAAGCUGUGGAGCCUCAACUCGCCCGCCUCGCUGCGGACCUUCGCCGGGCACACCUACUGCGUCUACCACGUGGCAUGGAACCCGCAGCAGCCGGACGUGUUCCUGUCCGCGUCGGGCGACACCACGGUGCGGGUGUGGGACCUGCGGCAGCCCGCGCCCACAUUGGUGCUGCCGGCGCACGCAUACGAGGUGCUGGCGGCGGACUGGUGCAAGUACAACGACUGCCUGCUGGCCACCGGCAGUGUGGACAAGUCCAUAAAGCUGUGGGACGUGCGCGUGCCGGGCCGCGAGAUGGCGGUGCUAGCAGGGCACAGUUACGCAGUUCGGCGAGUGCUGUUCUCGCCGCACGCCGGCAACCUGCUGCUGUCAUGCAGCUACGACAUGACUGUGAAGCUGUGGGACACGGCCUCGCCGCAGGCGGCGCAGGGGCUGCCGCUGCGGUCGUGGGACCACCACUCGGAGUUCGCGGUGGGGAUAGACUUCAGCUCGCUGCGGGAGGGCAUGGUGGCCAGCGCGGGCUGGGACGAGAGCGUGUGGGUGUGGGACCAGCGCGGCUUCCCCUCGCCGUGAGGGAUAGGUGGGUGGGGUGCGGGCUGGGGUGGGGUGCGGGCACAGUAGGCAGGUGUGGGGAUGGGUUGCAGAGUGGGGUGAGCGAGGCAGGGGGAAAGUAAGGGAGCAGGAGGUCGGCAGGACACUGGGUGUGCAGGAGGAGUGUGUGCAGGCGUGGGCGUGUGAGCAAUGACUGCAGUCGUGGCAUUGAUGCAAACGUGUCAGCGAGCGGUGGGGCCCGGAUGACGCAGAGUUUUGCGACGGUGAGGCCACUCUCGCAGUGUAGGGCUACUAGCUAUGGUCAUUCAUUUACGGCAAGGUUUUGGGUGUAGGAGCUCAAUCGCGCAAGCCGCAUCUCGGCUUGCACAAUCCGCGUCCGCGCUUUUCCGCGAUCGCUUUCUGACUGUAAAAGACUGAGCCU